CUGCACAACCGCCAUUUUCAAAAUGGCGACAGUAAACGAGCUCAAAAGUGUGUUAAAAGAAACAUUGGAAAAUAGAGGUGUACUUGGUCAAAUUCGAGCUCGAGUUCGUGCUGAGGUGUUUAGCGCCCUUGACGAUCAAACUGAACCAAGACCUGCCCUAUCCAAUGAGAACCUGUUGAUCAAUGAACUGAUAAGGGAAUACUUGACUUUCAACAAAUACAAAUACACAGAGUCAGUGCUCCAAGCAGAAUCAGGUCAACCCAAGGAGCCCAUGGACAGAAGAUUUCUAGUACAAGAACUAAACAUUAAGGAGGAGGAGUCACCAACCAUGCCACUCUUGUAUGGGAUUUUAGCUCAUUUUCUUCAAGGAAGCCAUAAUGGAGGGAGACAAUUUACAGGUGCAAGACAAGAGCCCAUGUUGAGAUCUCAUACAAGAGAUCAGCGAUCAAGAAGAAAUGCAGAAGGCUCAGGUCUUUUGGGAGGUAGAGAUGAUAGAGGUAGAAUGGACGCAAGCUUCGUUCAUGAUCCUGAGCCUGUUGUCGUUAGAGGAGGGAGAUGACACCUUUCAUUUACAACUGUAGUGAUAGAAUAUUACCAUCUCGUCCAUGAUUUCUCAAUGAAAAUUUAUGUACAAAGAUUUAAGAUUGUCAAUUUCUUAAUUAGCUAAAAAAAAACAGUAAUUCUCCUGCUGCAUAAUUGUAUUUGGCAGGAAAGAAUUUGGAGACACCAGUGGCCUAAAAUGUAUGGCCAGUUAAUGAGAAAUUGAGAUGGUCCACCUCAAUUAAACAGUUCUUACCAUGUUGAGAAUUAUUGUCCUUGAUUCAAUUCUCUCGAACACACAACAUUAUAUGGCAAUUUGAAGCUACGUGUAAAUUUACAUCAUGAUUAAUGUAACUUGAAGAGGUCAGCCUUAGUCUUUCAAUUUCAUCAGUUGCAAUCCGUUUUAAUCUUCUCCAUCCUCAGUCCUCUUCGGUCCAUCUUUGUGUUACCUCUCUUGUUUUUCUAUCUUAUUAAACCAAUAGUUGGCAACCUUCAAUCUGGAGGUAGUUUUUUUCCGGCGCUAAAUAUGAUUCUAAAUUUUCAAACUUAGAUGCGAUAAAGAAGGGACUAGUGGAAUUGUUUUUCAACCCUAACAGUCAUGAAUUUGACGCCAUAUAACCACAGACAAUCAGCCAUACAUGUAAAAAAUCCACGCAGCCAUAUGAACAAAACUACCAACCGCCGAAUAAGGCAGCGAGGCAGCGUUACAAAAAUCUCCCAUGCAGCAGCUGAAGUCGCACUUUAGAACAUCGGGACGAUCGCAAGUUGGAUUAUACGCUGUACAUUGAGUGUUAGAUGUGCAUCUCUUUAGGAAGAGCAAGCUUGUGUUAGUGACUCCUGCCUCCUUGCUGAGUGUCAGACACUGAUCGUGCAUAUACGGACAGUUGUGGG